AUGCGGGCUGCAAUUGCGGGGAAAGGGGCCAGUGCGCAAUGGGGCUGCAGCUCACAAAAGAAGCUUUGCAGGGGCGUCAAAAGGGGAGCUAAUUCGAAGGCCUCGGGUGGGCAAAACGUUUUCCCAAGGGAUAUAAGCCUUGUCCCUGUACUUCUGGCUGUCCGGCUUUCUCCCCACAGUCAAGAUGGUAAGGCGCUAUAUCCGCAGGCAACCUCCCCAUGUGCAGCCAAUUCGAGAUUAUAUGUGGGCAUCACUGCUUACGAGCUGCGGCAGAAGGCCCCCAAGGACCUGCAGAAGCAGUUGGAGGACCUCAAAAAGGAGCUUUCCCAACUCCGUGUAUCAAAAGGAGCCGGUGGGGUGGCAUCAAAGCUAGUCAAGAUCACAAAGGUUCGCAAGGCUAUCGCCCGCGUGCUGACAGUGUACAACCACAAGAGAAGGGACGAGGCCAAACAGUUUUUCAAGGGCAACAAGCAUAAGCCGAAGGAUCUCAGGCUUAAGAAAACAAGAGCGAUUAGGCAGAGGCUUGAUUUGUCCCAGCGUAGGAAGAUGACUGUCCGGAGAACAAAGAAAGUACAGAAUGUACCCAGGAGGAAAUACGCUUUGCUAGCUUAG